AUGCGGGGAGUACAGAUUUUCUCGGGGACAUCCCAUCCCCUCCUGGCUGAGACCAUCUGUGAACGUCUGGGAACCCAACCGGCUCGUGCCGACCUGGGGAAGUUCAGCAAUGGCGAGACCAGUGUAAACAUUGGCGUCUCCGUACGCAACCAGGAUGUAUACAUUGUCCAAAGCGGUAGCGGAAAGAUCAAUGACAGUGUCAUGGAGCUCCUGAUCAUGAUCUCUGCCUGCAAGGGUGGCUCGGCAAAAUCGAUCACAGCGGUCAUGCCGUACUUCCCAUACUCCCGCCAGUCCAAGAAGAAGAGUCACCGUGGUGCCAUCACGGCCCGCAUGUUGGCCAAUCUCCUCUCGAUUGCUGGGGUGGACCAUGUGAUAACUUUGGACCUGCAUGCCUCCCAAAUGCAGGGAUUCUUCGGCAAGCCCGUGGAUAACCUGUUCGCCGAGCCCUUCAUUGCCCGUUGGAUCCGUAUGAACGUGCCUGGAUGGCGGGAAGCUGUUGUUGUCAGCAAAAAUGCGGGUGGCACCAAGCGUGUCACCUCACUGGCCGACACACUGAAACUCAACUUCGGCAUCGUCACCACUGACAGGAGACGUCCGAAGAUCCCUAUGGCCAUGACGGACAGCACUGUCUUUUUUGAUUCUAUAGAAGAAGAGACCACUCCGUCCGCCACGGACAAGGACCAAGACCCCUUUGUACUACACUUUCAGAGUGCAAACAAUGAGAGUGCUCAAUCUGGGGAUACAAGGGGGGAGCCGAACGCCAAUAUGGAGUCUCUUGUCGCGGCGAACUACCUGCGACCUGAGACACCAACCGGUGCUCGUCGUCCUUCGGAACUGGAAGCCGCACAUGAGUAUACUGAUGUGCGGGUGCGGGAAGUCAUCACCGGGCGGCUCGUACAAGGUCACCUCGUGGACGAUGACUACCCAUCGACUGGCCCGACUUCACACCCCGCAUCGGGCGAAACAACCCCGGGGCAGAGCCACAGUCGUGAUGAUUCGGAGACAGUUCCAGAUUCCAUGGUGAAUUCCCUCAUCUCUAAUACAUCUUCCCUUCCUGGCGACCAUGCCCUAGGUGGCUCGUUCGAUGCGGCUGAAUCUUCCGAUGAAGAGGGCAGAGUCGGAAAACACACCGAGCAGGAAAAGACCAUCACAUUGGUCGGCGACGUCCGCGGUAGAACCGUGUUCCUAGUUGACGACAUGAUUGACAAGAGUAAAUCUUGGACAGCUGCAGCAGAAACUGUAGUGAAAAAGGGCGGCGCCAAGAAGGUAUACUGCAUCGCUACCCAUGGCCUUUUCACAGAGGAAACUCUCGAACAGAUGGAGGCAUGCGAGGCGAUUGACCACAUCGUCGUCACGAAUAGCUUCCCUGUUCCACCACAGGUGGUGAAGAGGUCGAAGAAGUUGAUUGUCAUCGACAUUUCAAGUCUUCUAGCGGAAAGCAUCAGACGCCACCAUUACGGUGAAAGUGUCUCGGCAUUGUUCCACCUUACUGACUGA